GUCACUAUAAUGUCAGUACUUUGAUCAACUUUUUUCUUUUUUUCUUUUUCGGUGGAAGUACUUUCAUUAACUUUCACCUUCUAUAAAGUAACUGAACACCACUUGUGUAAUAACCAAGGCUUCUGAUCUACACGAUUUCAUCAGCUUGAUUUUGAACAGACCAAUUCCUGAAAGAUGAACCUAACAUCCUCAGAAUCUCCCACUGCCAAAAGGUUAGAAGGUAAAGUGGCGAUCAUCACCGGCGGCGCCAGCGGACUCGGUGAGGGUACCGCGAGGCUAUUCGUCCGCCACGGCGCGAAAGUCGUGAUCGCCGACAUCCAAGACGAGCUCGGCCUCUCACUCAGCCAAGAACUCGGCCCGAGCGACGUCGUUUCCUACGUCCACUGCGACGUCACGAGCGAUUCCGACGUGAAAAGCCUCGUCGACUUUGCGGUGUCGAAGCACGGCAAGCUCGACAUCAUGUACAACAACGCCGGCAUAACCGGCGACUUGGAUCCGACAAUCCUGGGCUCCGACAACGAUAACUUCAAGCGCGUGUUCGAGGUCAACGUUUUCGGGGGUUUCUUGGGCGCCAAGCAUGCCGCCAGGGUUAUGAUCCCGGCGAGGAAGGGCGUGAUCCUCUUCACGUCGAGCGUGGCGUCGGAGAGCUGCGGGGAGUCGCCGCACGCCUACACGGUGUCGAAGCACGCGGUGGUGGGGCUGAUGAAGAACCUGUGCGUGGAGCUUGGACAGCACGGAAUUAGGGUUAAUUCAAUCUCGCCGUCCGCCGUGGCGACGCCACUGCUGAGUAAUGCGAUCGGGAUAGAGAAGAGCGUCGUGGACGGGUUAAUUUGCACCUCGGCGGUCCUCAAAGGCCCGCCACCGGGGCCCGAGGACGUCGCCGAGGCCGCUGUGUACUUGGCCAGCGACGAGGCCAAGUAUGUGAAUGGAGUGAAUCUCAUGGUUGAUGGGGGUUAUAGUACUACUAAUCCCUCCUUCGGUAUGGCUUUGAGAAGUUUGAUGCCUCAAAAUAUGUUUCUUAAUUCUAGCUAGUUUACUAAUUGGAAGCAAUUAAUAGGGGUAGGUUGAUUUAAUUAUUCAUGGAAUUACUUUUUAUAAUAUUGGGGACCUUUUAAUUUGAUGAGAAAUCUAGCUAGUAAUAUUA